AUGGGUUCCGAAAUUCCAACCACCCAAUAUGGGUUCUAUUAUACUAAAAAAGAUGGUUUAAACUUAAAAGAGAAUUUACCUGUCCCCAAACCAGGUCCAGGUGAAUUAUUACUUAAAGUUGAUGCCGUAGGAUUGUGUCAUUCUGAUUUGCAUAUCAUUUAUGAAGGAUUGGAUUGUGGUGAUAAUUAUGUCAUGGGUCAUGAAGUUGCCGGAACUGUAGCUUCCCUCGGUGGUGACAAUGUCGCUGACGUUGCUGGGUACAAAGUUGGUGAACGUGUUGCCUGUGUCGGUCCAAAUGGAUGUGGAGUUUGUAAGUUCUGUCGUGCAGGUCAGGAUAACUUGUGUACUAACUCAUUUUUGGAUUGGUUUGGAUUGGGUUAUGACGGAGGAUAUGAACAAUACUUAUUAGUUAAGAGACCAAGAAAUUUGGUUCGUAUUCCAGAUAAUGUUAGUAGUGAAGAUGCUGCCGCCAUUACUGAUGCUAUGUUGACUCCUUAUCAUGCUUUAAAGAUUGCUAAAUUGACUCCAACUUCAAAUGUAUUAAUUAUUGGAGCAGGUGGGUUAGGUAUUAAUGGUAUACAAAUUGCCAAGACUUUUGGUUCGAAGAUUACUGUUUUGGACCCAAAAGAACCAGCUAGAGAGAUUGCCAAGACUCUUGGUGCCGAUAAUGUUUAUGAUAAAUUACCGGAUUCUGUCAAGGCUGGUUCAUUUGACAUCUGUGUUGAUUUUGUAGGUGCACAGUCUACUUUUGACUUAUGUCAAAAGUAUAUUAGAUCCAAGGGUGAUAUUGUUGUCGUUGGGUUACAUUCACCAAAUUUAACAUUCAAUUUGGGUGAUUUGGCCCUUAGAGAAAUUAAUAUUUUGGGUAGUUUCUGGGGUACUUCAAAUGAUUUAGCUGAAUGUUUUGAAUUGGCUAGUCAAGGUAAGGUUAAACCAAAGGUUGCUAAGGCUCCAUUGAGACAAUUACCUGAGUAUGUUCAAAAGUUAAGGAAAGGUGCAUAUGAAGGUAGAGUUGUAUUUAAUCCAUAG